CGCUGAACGCGACGGGAGCGCGUGGCCGCCCGUCUGCUGUGUGCACGGUCUCGGGAGGCGCGAAUCUUCGUCCAGGUGCGGGAGCCAUGUCCGUCAGCCAGAUGUUUAUCGCCUUGCAGGGGGUGCUCACCGCCGACCAGGAUAUCCGCGAGGAGAUUAGGAAAGUUGUUCAAACUCUGGAGCAAACUGCCCGGGAAAUUUUGACUGUGCUUCAAGGAGUCCACCAGGGUUCUGGAUUUCAGGACAUACCAAAGAAAUGUCAGAAGGCUCGAGAACACUUUAAUACUGUCAAAAUACAUCUGGCUUCUCUGAAAACAAAGUUUCCUGCAGAUCAGUAUUACAGAUUUCAUGAACACUGGAGGUUUGUGCUCCAACGACUGGUGUUCUUAGCAGCAUUUGUUGUCUAUCUGGAAACAGAAACCUUGGUGACACGGGAAACUGUUACUGAAAUUCUUGGAAUUGAAGCUGAAAGAGAAAAAGGCUUUCAUCUGGACAUUGAGGAUUAUCUUUCUGGAGUAUUGACUCUUGCCAGUGAGCUGUCUAGGUUAGCAGUGAACAGUGUGACAGCUGGGGACUACUGUCGGCCACUCCGCAUCUCUGCUUUCAUCAAUGAGUUGGAUUCAGGAUUCCGCCUGCUCAAUUUGAAGAAUGAUUCCCUGAGGAAGCGCUACGAUGGCCUCAAGUAUGAUGUCAAGAAAAUAGAAGAGGUGGUUUAUGACUUGUCAAUCAGAGGACUCAGCAAAACAGCCAGCGGAGAUGCUGGUGAGGAGAAAUAGAAAAGGCCUCACUGAACUGCAUUCAAGAUUACCUCAGUAAUGUGGCCAAUGAAAGAGAAGCUUCAACUGAGCUCUCUAGUAGUAAUGUAGAAGAACCAUAAGCUACAAACGUAUGUUUUUCCCCAACUGAACACUUAGUAUAUGUCUGAAACUAUUCUGUAAAUGCCCAUCUAGUGGAGUGUGUGUGCAGGAUAAGUUACCCAUGAUAUAAGCCGCAUUUGUGAAUUAUGUCCUUUAUUGUCUCAUGGUCCUGAAAUCCCAAACAUGGAAAUCAGUUGCUAUUGUAUUUUAGUAACAGGUUGAACUGAAUCUUUCUGGACCUGUCCAUAAUUCACAUUUAGUACAAUAAAUGCUCAUUUUAAAAUGAGCACUUGGUUUCAACAUGUGUAAACAUGUUUAUCGUUAAAAUGAAAUCAGAAUGCUUCAUUUUCUAGUUAGAUUGUGAGAUUUCAGAUUUAAUGUAACGGUUUAAUAAGUAAACAUGUUAGGAAUUCAUUUCUAAAAGAUCAUUAUAUAAUACAGAGUCUGUUUUCUGAAAUAAGCUGUUUCUUAAACAUUGGAAAGAACUGUGAACCAUUCCUAAUACAUUUAUAUGCAUAUUCUUAGUCUAUAUCCAGUUUUUAAAAUUUUUUGAGAAUGUGAAAAUGUAUAUGUGGUUUAGUAGAGGGCAAAGGGAUGUAAGCAAUUAAUGUGCUUGGAAUCUGCACUGAGUCAGUUAGCAGUCCAUUUCAUUUUAAGUGGCCCAUUCAAUUUAAAACUUUAAAACUAAGUAGAUCUUUAGCAAACAGGUAAGAGAAAAUUGUCAUCUAAAUCCUAAUUAUGCUUAUCUGAAUGCAGGUUGUUUUUAUUCAAUUCGUUUCCAGCAAAUAUACAUAAGAUCACAGCCUUUAAAUAGUAAGAUGCAGAUGUUAAGCAAGCUGACUUUAUACUGCCACUUACUCUGCUUUCUCUCCUAUGUUAAUAUUUGAUCGUCAUCUUCGCUGUCAUUCAGGCAUAAACUACAUAAUGUUUCUGAAAUGUACAGUGACGUGUUUCUGUUGAUCAUUUUACAUACACUUUUUAUGUCAUUCUUUCUCCAUUGUCUGCAUUUUGAGAAAGAUUAUCUCCCAAAGAAUAAAAAAAAUGUACUUUAUGAUAACUGAUAUAAGCAUCCUUGUUUAUAACGUUUUUCCUUGUUCUGGUUGCUGUUUUUGAAAUGUUCAACGGGAAGCAAAUACUUUGUUAAAACUGGUAAAUAAAAAUAGACAUUUU